AUGACAGAGGUAUUGAACAAAUUACUAUUUAAUAGAUAUAUCUAUUUUUUGUCUAAAGGUAAUAAGAGAUUCGCCGGUCAUAGCAAAUGGGCGAAUAUAAAACAUAUAAAAGAAGAAAAAGAUAAUGAAAGGAUGGUACUGUUUCAUCACUUGAAACGUCAAAUGGAAGUUGCUAUACAAGAGAAUGGUAUUACAAAGCCUAGUAAUAAUGUAAAAUUAGCACAAAUUAUUGAGCAAGCUAAAAAGGCGAAUAUGCCUGCCGCAUCGAUAAAUACUUUUCUUGAGAAAAUGGAAGCACGCAAAAACAAGACUCAGACAGGUAUAAUAGAAGUUCGUGGUCCAAAUGGUUAUGUUAUGCUUGUACGUUAUGCAACAGAUAAUACAAAAACAUUUAUGUUACAAUUUAGAACAAAAAUUAAAAAAACCAGCGCAAAAAUCGCGGAAGAUUCUGCCAAGCAAAUGUUUACUCAUGUUGGUAAUAUCACAGUUGAAAAGAAAGAUGAUUUGGAACAUGCCAUGGAGGAUGCCAUUAAUAUUGGCGCAGAGGAUGUAGAAGAAUUUGAAGAAAAUAAUAUAAAAUAUUUCCAGUUUAAAUGUGAACCAAAGCUCUUAAAUAAAAUACGAAAUCUAUUACAAGGUCUUCAAUACAAUGUGCUUUCAGUAGAAGAAAAUUAUAUACCACACAAUAUAAUAGAAUUAAAUGAUUCAGAUUUGGAAGUUAUAUCUCAAAUUCGUGAUAAAAUUCUAAGUUUAGAAGAUGUCAGUCAUAUAUAUGAUAAUAUAGAAUAAAUCGAUACUUUAACAUAAAAAA